AUGACUCGACACGGUCCCAUGCCGGUUCACGACCGAGUCAACAAAACCGGACGAAGGAUAAGGGCGGAUAAGACAAGGAGAGAGAUCGUAUCGCUCUCAAUCUGCAGCGCCUGCAAAAGCCAGGGGGGCAACGAGGCUGAUAGAACAAAGGCGAAAAUACUGCGCGAAAGCAUGCAAUAUCUGCUGAAAAGCAAUUGCCGCCACAGCCUACUGGCUUUCCUGGCCCUUGGAGGCGAGCUUUACGAGCUGAACAAAAGCACAAAGCAGAAGAAAGUCGGGCAGAUCCAAGUGUCAAACCUAAAACACACAUUUCAGGACCCAAUCCGUCUUGGUAGCAAAAGUAGGAAAUUGGGUCUUUGA